AUGGGUAAUUACCUCAGACAAGUUAAUAGGCAAGUAAUCAACUUACAAAAUGCAAAGGAUGUGGUUUUAGCACAGGAAAAAACUGCACAAUCAAAACGACCAUGGGUCACUUAUACAAGAUACAGGUUGACCACCAGAAGCGAUGCAACAGUUUUUAAAUCCUCUACCACAAAUAACAUACCGGACACACAACAACCAGUAUACGCCACAACGAUUCCAACUAUCAUUUCAAAUGGCAGAAGCAUUCUCAAAUAUUAG